AUGGCAAACCCAGAGCGCUCGUACCUUUCUCGUUUUUUCUCCUCGCAGUUCUCAAAGCUUCCAUAUCCUUCCCAAAGCUUCAAGGAUGCCGUAAUCCUAGUGACAGGGGGGAAUACGGGGCUCGGUCUGGAGGCCGCACGACACUUCGUGCGGCUACAAGCGGCCACGGUUAUUCUGGCUGUUCGCGACUUAAAGAAAGGAGAGCAGGCGAAGCUAUCGAUUGAGGAGUCUACCAAGGUACAAGGUGUCGUCGAGGUAUGGCAGGUGGAUCUAGAAGAUGUCCGCAGCGUCCAGAGCCUGGCCGCCAAGGCAUCUAGUCUUCCUCGUCUGGAUGUGGUAGUUGCAAAUGCAGGUAUCUCAACCAACAAAUGGGCGCUAGUUGGCGAUAUGGAACGAACCAUCCAGGUGAAUGUCCUGUCAACAUUUCUCUUGAUCCUGGCCCUCUUGCCGAAGAUGCAAGAGCAAGACAUAGAGGGCCAGAUCCGUGCGCGUCCCCGCGUCGUGGUUGUCUCCAGCGAGGGCCACGAGACGACGGCUUUCGCAGAGCGAAAAGCCGCGCGGAUUUUCGACGCACUCCGGGACCAGAGGCAGGCAAACAUGGAUGAACGCUACGAUACAUCCAAGCUUAUCCAGCUCUACCUCGUGCGUGCCCUUGCAGAGCGCCUUAGCCGGUCCGACAAACCCCCGGUGACACUCAACGCCGUGUCGCCGGGAUUAUGCAAGACGGGACUUCUUCGCGAGACUCCGCUUGUGGCUCGGCUUCUGACCGGUCCCGUCAUGGCUAUCCUUGCUCGAAAUGCAGAGGAGGGAAGCCGAACAUUGGUCCAUGCUGCUGCGGCUAACGACGGUGAAACAAACGGAAAGUACUUGCGUGACUACCUGCAGCGUUUGUACGCAGCCAAGAAGGCUACGCCACGCAGGAGAGACUGUUGCAGGAGCUUUUAG